UGAAGGGAGGAUCCGAUAAUGCUGAUGACCCAUUCUGUUCCUUUUGGAGUUGACAUGCCUGUGAUUAAGAGGCGAAUCUGUCACCUAUUCUUCCAGACUGUGUAGAUCCAAAGAAAAAGCAGCUGAAGAAAAAGACCAAACAGAAAUGGCAAGUACUCAAUUUGAAUGUCAAUACUGCACGGCAUCGCUUCUUGGGAAGAAGUACAUACUCAAGGAUGAUCAUCUCUACUGUGUCUCCUGCUAUGAUCGGAUCUUUUCUAACUAUUGUGAGCAGUGCAAAGAGCCAAUUGAAUCGGAUUCUAAGGAUCUUUGUUACAAAAACCGUCACUGGCAUGAAGGUUGCUUCAAGUGCACCAAAUGCGACCACUCUUUGGUGGAAAAGCCUUUUGUUGCCAAGGAUGAUCGCCUGCUGUGCACAGACUGUUAUUCUAACGAGUGUUCCUCCAAGUGCUUCCAUUGCAAGAGAAACAUCAUGCCAGGUUCUCGAAAAAUGGAAUUUAAGGACAACUACUGGCAUGAAACCUGCUUUGUGUGUGAGCACUGCCGACAGCCGAUAGGAACCAAGCCUCUGAUCUCGAAAGAGAGCGGCAAUUAUUGUGUGCCAUGCUUCGAGAAGGAGUUCGCUCACUAUUGCAACUUCUGUAAGAAGGUGAUAACUUCCGGUGGAAUAACCUUCCGUGACCAGUUAUGGCAUAAAGAGUGCUUUCUGUGCAGCGGCUGCAGGAAAGAGCUUUGUGAGGAGGCAUUUAUGUCCAGGGAUGAUUUCCCAUUCUGCUUGGAUUGCUACAACCAUCUUUAUGCGAAAAAGUGUGCAGCCUGCACCAAACCCAUCACUGGUCUCAGAGGUGCCAAGUUCAUCUGCUUUCAAGACCGCCAGUGGCACAGUGAGUGCUUCAACUGUGGGAAGUGCUCCGUCUCCUUGGUGGGCCAAGGAUUCUUGACUCAGAACACGGAGAUCUUCUGCCGCAAGUGUGCCUCCGCGGCAGACGCGUCUGACGCGUAG